AUGAAUCAUAAGGUAGUUAGUUACCUGAAGCUCGAGGAGGUCAGGAUAGAUCAUAUACAUAUCAGAGCUGCUCUUACAUUAGUUACUAAUUCCACUUUGACUGACCACCAAGCUGUCAUACUCUGCUUGUGUCGCGGAAGAAGUCCACUACGUUCCAGACUAACAAAAACCACAAUAGACCAUGUCGGACUCCAAAGUGAUAUUGCAGGUAUUGAUUUUACACCUAUUUAUGGUACUAACGAUGCCAAUAUUGCGACAGAGCUCCUAAUUGCAUCUUUACAAUUCGCUAUAAAAUCUAACUCGAUUAUUACAAAAAUCUCUCGUCGUAAGAAAGUUAUUAAGCCUUGGAUAACUCCAGGGCUUAUACGGUGUAUGAGGACUCGGGACCGUUUACAUAGGAAAUCAAAAUGUGACCCAGAUAAUCAUAUACUGAAAUUGAGUUACAAGAGGUACCGAAAUUUCUGUAAUAAUUUGUUAAAGAGAUUGAAGAGAAACUUUGAGAGAAAUGAAAUUAUGAGAGCAAAAAAUAACAAUAAACGACUUUGGGAUACCUUGAAAAAAAUUACCUAUACUUCUAAGUCUGACUACAGAGCUAAUGAUUUAAUACAAGCCGCUUCUGUGGCGGAUUCUUUGAAUUGUGUUAAUGAAUAUUUUGUAAAUGUAGGUAAAAGCUUAGCUGACCGCAUAGAUUGCAACAACAGUGGCAAUGUUGACCUGGUACUUGACAGGGUUGGCAACUCUGGGCUUGGUUCAUUUGUACUAUUGAACACAGAUAGUAAUGAAGUAUCUCGAAUGAUUGCCGGCUUAAAGUCUAAAUGUUCUGUUGGCUGGGAUAAUAUCUCUAAUGAUUUGCUCAAGCAACAUUGUCACUUAUUGGCCACACCCUUAACUUAUAUUUUUAACCUUUGUCUGAGUAACGGGACGUUUCCGAGUUGUUUGAAGAAGGCAGUCAUUAUCCCUAUACAUAAAUCGGGUGAAAGAGACAAGGUCCAGAACUAUAGACCGAUUUCUAUCUUUCCUUCGAUCUCCAAACUUUUAGAACGCUUGAUCAAUACUAGGCUUGUACGGUAUUUGGAAUCUAACAGCUUGUUAUCAAAUAGUCAGUUUGGCUUUAGAACUGGAAAAUCUACUGACAAUGCGGUUUAUGAACUUGUAGACUAUAUAGUCCAGAACUUGGAUAAGGGAAACAAAACCUUAGGUUUAUUCCUGGAUUUGGCGAAGGCAUUCGAUACAGUUUCUAUCCCUAUUCUUACAAAAAAACUUGAAAAAAUUGGGAUUAGAGGUGUUCAACUGAAACUCUUUAAUGAUUAUUUAACUGACCGUUACCAAUGCGUCAAAUUUGAUAACUAUUUCAGCAGAGACAUUCCUGUAACUUAUGGCGUUCCUCAGGGUAGUAUACUUGGUCCUGUUUUGUUCUUGAUUUACAUUAAUGAUCUCCUGGAGCUCAAUUCUGUUCGUGGCAAAAUUAUUUCGUAUGCUGAUGAUACUGUUCUACUCUUUUCUGCUGGAACAUGGGAUAGUGUGUUUAGGGAAGCCCAGGAAGCCUCCGGCUAG